CUCUCUCGUUUACCUCUCUCAAUCUUCUCAAGCUCUCUCUUCCCUGUCCCGCAGUCAGCCGGUUGGAAUAACACCUCUUUCAGUCUCACUGGGAAAGUCCACGCAGCCCUGUAUUUCUACAGCACUCACCCACUCUCCGCUCAGCGAGGACAGCGCGGCUGGGAAGCCUCAGAAGGUGGGCCGGUCUGAGUGUCUCCUCAGCAGUCAUGGGGAGGUCAGGAGCGCUCUGGGUUUGGUGGCUUGGGACGAGCAUGCAGUUGUUUCUUUCCCUCGUCCUCUGUGUCACCUGCACCCAUGGUCUUUUUCCACCACAGCCACGGGUCUUCCUGUCGUUUCAAGAAUUACAGAAAACCCAGUCCUUUGAGCACUACACUUUGUCUGAGAAAGCCAUGGACUAUAGGAUCCUCUUCAUGGACGAAGAUCAAGACCGUAUGUACGUGGGCUGCAAAGACCAUGUUCUCUCAAUGGACAUCAACAACAUCAGCGAGACCCUGCUGAAGAUCUUUUGGCCGGCGUCUACUAGUAAAGUCGAGGAGUGUCAGAUGGCUGGCAAAGACCCCACACAUGGAUGUGGAAACUUCUUAAGAGUGAUUCAGCCUUAUAACAGGACUCAUCUGUUCAUCUGCGGCAGCGGAGCCUACAGCCCAGUUUGUGCAUAUGUUAACCGUGGCAGGCGUCCUGAGGAGCAAGUCUUCCAAAUCUCUUCCCGAGCAGAAUCAGGGAAAGGAAGAUGCUCGUUUAACCCACAAGUCAACACCGUCUCGGUCAUGCUCAAUCAGGAGCUGUUCUCUGGCAUGUACAUUGACUUCAUGGGGACAGACGCAGCGAUCUUCAGGAGCCUGACCACAAGGAACGCGGUUAGAACGGACCAACAUAACUCCAAAUGGCUGAGCGAGCCGGUGUUCAUCGAUGCCCAUUUGAUUCCUGAUGGCUCGGACCCGAACGACGCUAAGCUUUACUUCUUCCUGCGUGAGAGACUGACAGACAGUAGUGGAAACACUAAGAACAUCCAUGCUAUGGUGGCUCGAGUCUGCCCUAAUGACAUUGGUGGUCAACGCAGUCUGGUGAACAAGUGGACCACAUUUCUGAAGGCUCGGCUGGUGUGUUCGGUUCUAGAGGAAGAUGGUACAGAGACCCACUUUGAUGAGCUCGAGAAUGUGUUUUUAUUGGAGACGGACCACCCAAAGGGUCUUCUCGUCUUUGGAGUUUUCACCUCCACGAGUUCUGUGUUCAGAGGUUCUGCCGUCUGCGUGUAUAACAUGGCCGACAUCCUGACGGUUUUCAACGGACCGUUUGCGCACAGGGAAGGACCCAACUUCCAGUGGGUGGCUUUCCAGGGCCGGAUCCCCUACCCGCGACCGGGAACUUGUCCUGGUGGAGCGUUCACCCCUCAUAUCCAGAGCACUAAAGAGCUUCCAGAUGAUGUGGUGACGUUCGCGAGGAAUCACCCCGUCAUGUUUAACCCCAUCUACCCGGUCGGCAGGAAACCUCUGGUGGUGCGGACACAUGCCGAUUAUAAAUACACCUCUGUAGCUGUGGACCAGGUCACCGCUGCGGACGGACACUACCAGGUUCUCUUCCUGGGCACAGAUAAAGGCACGGUACAGAAGGUCGUGGUUCUGCCGUCAAACGGCUCCCUGGAUGAGGAUCUAAUCCUGGAGGAGCUGGAAGUGUUUAAGAAGCAGUCUCCCAUCACCAACCUAAGAAUCUCAUCUAAAAAGCAACAGCUGUAUGUUAGCUCGGAGCAUGGAGUUUCCCAGGUGUCUUUGCACCGCUGCAUGGCGUACGGCUCUGCCUGCGCAGACUGCUGUUUAGCGCGGGACCCGUACUGCGCCUGGGACGGGCUCAGCUGUUCUCGAUUCUACCCUACUGGCAAGAGGAGAAGCAGAAGGCAGGAUAUUAUGCAUGGGAAUCCACUGACUCAGUGCAGAGGGUUCAAUCUGAAAGCUUACAGGAAUGCAGUGGAGAUGACUCAGUAUGGAGUCAAAAACAACACCACCUUCCUGGAGUGCCAGCCCAAAUCUCCACAGGCCUCAGUUAAAUGGCUCAUUCAGAGAGACAACGAUCGCAGGAAAGAGGUGAAGCUGAGCGAGCGUGUGGUGUCCACCAAUCACGGUUUGCUCAUCCGUUCGGUGCACUCUUCGGAUCAGGGGGUGUACUACUGCCUGGCCACGGAGAACGGCUUCAAGCGCACCCUUGCUAAAAUUCGUCUCCAGAUUCUGAGUGAAGCUCUGGUCAGCGCUCUGAGCAAUAAACAUUCUCCUUGGGGCUGGGCAGCCUCCCUGCACCCCAAAGCCCUGGUGUCGGCCUUCAGCCCGGCUGAGACGCUGGCCAUGCACCAAUACUGCAAGGAACGCAAACAGAUGCAGAGUCUGCAGAACAUACAGAGCCCCAAGAGAGGCGAUCUGGGCAAACUCAAACCCUUGCUGGACCACAGGAAGAGCAGGAACCGCCGGAACCACUUGCAAGUGGAAUAGGGCCGACAGACGGAUGGAGAGGUACGAAUAAAGACAUGCAUCAGGACAGAAGUGGAAUAUAAAGGAGGAGAGGCGCUGGAGAGGAUUCUUCCGUUUUGAAUCGCAAUCGUGCUUGUUCUUCGAGCUCAAAGCAUCUCGGCGCGCUUCCUGUACAGCAGUCUUACGCACACGAACGCCAAGAGCAGAAGACUCCGAGACAUCCUCGCACACAGGCACCAAUUUGUGUUUAAAGCAGCAUAAUACAAAAUGCCAUACGUCAUACUGUUAUCAUUUUAGCGUGGCAGAACAAACCACGAAGUAAUACAUUGAAAUGGCUCGAUGGGGACAGUUUUUUUGUUUCUGUGUUGAUGUACGUCCUAUUGAAACAUUGGAAAGCUUGGCAUUUUGGGGUGGGACAGAGCUCGUCCAUUUUUAACAGCCUUUAGUUUACAUUACAGCCACGAACAUUUAUUUCUGCUCGCUAACGCUAGUGAAGUGUUACCAAAUGGGACAAUAUCAAUAUCUAGAGCGCAUUUCAACAGACAAGUUUAGCCAUCGGUAUUUUGGGUUGCUUGCUGCGAAUUGCAAAUGUACAUAUAAAGGUUUUCGAAUUUUAGGACUACUGUACAUACGCAUUAGCCUUAGCCUCAAAGCUAACAGACGCAGACAGAAACCCACAGAAACUGUUUUGUUUUAUAGUACACAUCGGAUGAAAUGUAUAUGGAUAUGGAUCUUGAGAGUGUUCUGUUAACUUAUAGAUGUAAAGCUGAAUUAGCUUCUAAACUAUUGAUUUCUUCUACAUUGUUUUUAAUAUCCCUGCAGAACAUUGCGAUCAGAAGUAUAUUCUAGAGAUCUGAGUUUGAUAUGACGUGACACGUUUAGGGAAAGAAACUGCUAUAAAACGGAAACAAUUUGUCCAUUUUACUACCUACAACUCUUCAUUACCCCUGACUGAAUCACAGUGCUAUUUUAAGUAUCGGUAGCAGCCUUAAAAAAGUCAAAUCAAUGUACACCGAGCUGAUCAUUUGCGAAUUAGAGCUCAUCUCCAGCUUGUAAAAAGCUAGUUUUCUAGCAAAUGAGAAUACUUCUUGGAGAUAAAAACAUGACGCGCCGACCAAAGUACAUCAUCCCAGCUGCGCCACAGAUGUUUAUAUGGGAAGUGAGAGGGAGAGAAGAUGGUUUGGAGACGUUUCAAACUGUACCAGACAAGUGGCUCUCUCAGCCUGUGAUACUGUAAAGAGUGUUGUGUUUUUGCCAAGUUCUGCGCUUCGGGAAUCGUCCUCAAUCCAAAAAUGACCGGUUCGUCAUCGUUUACUCACCCCCACGACCUUCCGAGAGCGCCAAGACCUUGAACGUAGCGCGCACGUCGCAUGGACCGCUUCUAUGAAACGUCUUCGUCCUUUGACGGUCAUGUUUUCAGCGUAUUGGAAAAGAGCAGCACGGUCAUCCUGCAAAACAUCUCCUUUUGUAUUCCUGAAAGAAAGAACGACACGAGGGUAGAUUUUCGGAUUAAAAAUGUUUAUCGUAUGUGCAUGUUUUAUUCUUUUGCUAACAUGGUAUCCGCAAUAUUUUUCAACACUGCAUUUAGCCGUUUCGGCGAACUUUCGAUCCAUAAGACUGAUCGGAAAAUAACUCCAACAAAAAAACGCAGUAAACGGUAAAACUCUGCGCUACUGGUGUGUUUAUACAAUACUUCGAUAUGUUACGAUGAGAAAUGCCAGCAUAACGGACAGCUGAAAGCAUGUAACAAUGGACGCCAUCCAUAUUCAAAUUACAAAUGGUUGCGUCCAAUCUUAAAUAAGGUAAAAAUGGAGUCAGCUUCGAGCAGACGCUUUGUAAAGUAGACUCACUUAAGCCCCAGGAAUACCACAGUGUUUAAAUCGCAUACGGAUAGGCCCAAAAAGGCAUGCGAUCGUGCAUAUCGUAUCACUGUUAUACAUGUUUGAUGUUGGAAAUGAACGUCAUGUUAAUGUUUGGUGGUUUGCUCAGUGUGCACAGCUGUAAUGUGAUUGUCCCUCACUUUAGAGGACGCAUAGCAUCGCGCGGCCUCCAAUUUUGCAUUACUCCAUGUCUGUGUAACUUAUCUCUUUUUGUAUUUUGAUCAUCUGUAAAUAGUGAAAGGUUGAGCUCUAAAACCAGGUGAGGAAUUCAGUCACACUUUGCAAUAGAUUUAGAAAUGCCCAAGUUUCAUUUUUGUCUGAUGCCAAAUUUCAGAUGUUUUUGACUGAAUCUGCAUUCUGCGGACGUUUUAUGUCUUUUUUUUUUUUUUUUUUCCAGUGGCAUUUUGAGCCCUCUCCAAAGGGCUUUUGGAGUAACAAUAUGUUUUAAUGUAAUAGGCUACUAUAGCGAAUAUGCUGUAUUCCCUGUGAAUGUUGGUGAUAAUUUUAUUUGAUUAAAUGUCUUGAUUUGUGUAUUCCUAUUUAUUAAUGAUAUAAGCCUGAACAACUGCAUUAAACAACUUUAAUCUGUUA